AUGACCAUGGAGAACUCGACUUCGAUUUCGCUGGUCGAUAAUACCCUUCCCGAGCAACAACAGCACGGCGAGGGGCCCUCACGACGAGCAUCAGCUCUCGAUCGGCAAACAAGCUUAACAAAACAUUUAAGCCGCGCAUCGAUCCAGAGCCAGCUCACAAAGCGAAAAUAUGCAAAGUGGCAACCCGAUAGACUGGGAAUUGCGCCCGAUACUAGCGAACCACUCAGUCGGGAAUCGUCCCAAGCUCGAGGGGGAUCAGUCUCGGCAAGCUCCACUGGAGAAGGCAGUGGGGGCAGAGAUAUUGAUGCGGCCGAUUUUGAACCAUCCCGCGUAUCCAGCCAUACUGGAACUGGAACUGGAACUGGAAAUGGGAAUGGGUAUGGAAAUGCGAUGGAGAAUAUUGAUCCUGGGACCCAAACGACUAAAAGGGGCUCGGAAUUAGACAUCCUCUACGAAAACCAGCGAGGCUGGUUCAUAUUUGGUGUCCCACGGUACUCACACAGCUCGCUGUUGAAUUUUGAUCCCAGCCCCUGGAUGACGCAGGAUAAAAGAGCUAGUGCUGUCAAUAUCACGAAUGCCCAGCUGCCCGACCCGAGUUGGGAGUGGGCGUGGAAGGCGUGGUAUGUCGACAUGUCGGGUGAUGUCGAUGAGCAGGGCUGGCAGUAUUCUUUCUCAUUCGCCUCCUCCUCGUGGCAUGGGACACAGCCGUGGUUCCAUUCGUUUGUUCGGAGGCGGCGGUGGGUAAGACUGCGGAUCAAGACUCCGGAGAGGCGGCAUCGUGGUCGUUCGGAUUUUGAAAAGUCGCAUAUGCUUACCGAGGACUAUUUCACUAUUCACUCCUCCAAGGUUCGGAGCCGGGAGCAGAGUGUUGCGGGCUUGUCCCGGGUUGAGUCUGGGUUCUUGAAUCGUGCCAACCUUACGGUUGACGAGGAGCCGCAGAUCGAGGAGAUUGGGAAUAUCCCCAGCUUGAUGCAGGCUUUAAAGCUUGCUUCUAUUGAUCGGGAGAGGAUUGAUGCUCUCAAGAUGUUCGUGAAGAAUGGAGGAGAUGAGCUUUAUUACUUGGCUGAUAGGAUACCCGAAAUCAUGCCAAGAUUCCUUUUCCAGACAUCACGCUGGCAAUUCGUCACAUACCUUUCUGAUGCUGUUCGGGACUUAUCCAGAACUCUUCCUGACACCGACAAAGAUGCCGAUGCAGUUCAACGCAAGAAAGAUAAUCUUAUCCGAACUGCGGAAGCUUGCAAAAGCCAUAUCACUGGACCUGAUGUUUUCAAAGACACAAAAGGGGAAUCGGAGGCGGAAUUGCUCAACCUAACUCCGGUAGCCAAGCAGGACUCAUUAAUGGCCAAGCGUCCGGUCCUGGAGGAGCGAUCUCGUCGGGCCACCGCCUGCCGCAUCGGCGCCGACAAUUUUCGGGGCAAAAAGGUCCUCCGUCGCAAACACCCCAUCAGCAACACGUCCAUCUCCUUUCUCACUCAUGACUUCCGGGUUGUUGGAGCAUCGACCCCUAUGCUCUCUCGUGGCCGCCCAUGUCUAAGGAGGCGAGUGUCUACCUUCUUGGACACCGUCACGACUGGGCCCGGUGAACCUCUUCUCUUCCUCUACCCCCGCUGGGCUGCACCUACCUUACCACAUCGACGACCAAUCUCCUUUUUACAUUCUACAGAGCCCCAGACAAGGACGUAUCGGAAGUCUUUGGUACCCUUUCGUCCAACGGCUCGCCCUUCUCCGUCGCUUCCUCGAUACUCGCGCCAAUGGAUUUCCUCUCAUGUUGCUACCAGCUCUGUUGAUGAGACGAGUCUCAAAUCGCCUUUAGCAGUGACGCCCGAUAAGUUGCCAAUUGAAAAUGGGACUGGCAUUGACACCAAUAGCUCCAAGGACAGCGUUGGGAAGACCACUGACUCGAAGCUAUCCGGCUCCUCGGCUUGGAUCAAUCAUGGCGCUUCGAAACCUCUAUCUCCUUCAAGGCUGGCAAGAGCAAAGAUGAUACAGAAAAGUCGCCAGCAUAAUCGAUCCCUGGAUGAUUCACCGCCGCGCCUCACGAAGAAAAAGAUCUCCGACAGAAACUUGUCCACUCAAGACUCGCACAAGCUACGAUAUCGUGAAUACCAGAGGGAAAAGUACAAGAAGAAUGGAAAGCACUAUGUGGACAAAGCUUGGUUGGACACAAAAGAUGUGUUGGAGGAAGUACAACAAGAUUCUCGGAAGAAAACCAAGCGUCGGACAAAGCAGAAGGAAGUACUUAUUGCAGAAGACACCCUGGGUAUAUUUUGUGGCGCGACCAAGUGGACAUUACAGGAAAAUAUUUGGUAUCUUUCAGUCCACAAUGGGUGCCGAGUACAUUGUCUCUCUGUGGAAGAAAACAAAGGGCUUUAUCGCCGAGUGAUUCUGUCUGGAACAGAGCAUGUUUUAGACCUCGUGCAGGCACGUAUUGCCCGUGCACAGAACCUCCAAAUGACUGGCGAUCCUCUCGUUGAUAUUCAAAAACCACUGGCCCCCAUGUGUCUCUCGAAAAGUGCCAUGGAGCGUGCAAAGGUCCCCACGCCUCUGAUCCGGGGAAUCUGGUGCUUUGAAAAGCGUCCGUUGAAUCGCAGGCGUUUUGACGAGAUUCUCAUGUCGGAUCCGGCUCUGGCUUCGGUAAAAGAGUUUGUCGAGCAAGUUGAGGAGCUCACACUUUCAGGGGGAUCGAAGUCAAAUGUCAUGAAUGGGCAGGCAUCUUCCACAAUGAGGGCUGCCAUUCCUUCCAAACAGAUUGCUCAACGUCUCCUCGCUAUUUUCCAGUCAGAUCUGAACUAUAAGCACAUAUCGACCGCGGCUUUAAAUCACGCAUUGAUUUAUCUUUGUGACCAUGAGCUUCCUGGAAUUGCUCGAGACCUCUGUUCAUAUGCAGAACAUGUGGCCACAAUUGACACAUUUAAUAUUUUGUUGAAAUACGCUGCCCGGUCCCAAGAUGUGGCAAUGUUUCGUGGACUUGCGCGGACAAUGCCUGGAGCCCACAUUUCUCCGAAUCCAGCCACAUGGAUUGCCUUGCUCAGUGCUCUUGUGACUCCCUCUGAAAAGGCCGACCUCAUGCAGCAUAUGGUUCAUCGUGGUUACAUGUCCAACACUGCGACUAUUCGCAGUGCAUUACAGUAUACGAUCCAGGAUUCACUCAUGACUCACCUGGACAGCGGGAAAAACAUGGAGUCUUUUAUUGAUCUUAUGGUUCACACACACGGGGCCAAUUGGUUCAGUAACUCCAUGCUCGGUCAGCUCGUGGAGACGGUGAUCCGGUUGAGCGACUGGGAUUCCCUGAACUGGCUUAUACAACUUUGCAUUAAAAACAGCGUGCCUUUGCCCGAGUAUAUACUCGUCAAAAUUUUGCAUGCGCGCCGUCGUGACACCAUUGGCGCUUUACAAUUUUAUUUCCAGUUUGUUGAAAUGCCAGGGUUCAAACUUUCGCCGAAAGGGUUCGAGACUCUAUUCCUGUCUGCUUACAAGAAUCGCCAUUUCAACCUCUGCCGCGUUCUAUGGCGGUAUGCAUGCAUGUGGAGGCGCGUGACAUACCAGAUGCGCCAAUGUGUCGUGACAUCCUUGUCUCGCACUGUGCCUUUUCGGAAGGGACCGGAGACCGUUGACCUUUGGAGCACUGACUCUGGCAAGGUCAUUGUCGGUCUUGAUCUACACCAUGAAAGUUACCCAGUGAAGGAUUCCCUCCUCCACGGUAUUCCCCCGGAGUUCCACCAGAACCCUCUUGCCUACCUGAAUAAAUGGAAACCCGUGGGCACAGAACGAGGCCUUCAUCUGCGCCUUGCCAAGGCCCUUGUUCAGCGAGAUAUCGAGCUUGGUAGUGCCAAUCACUAUUAUCCCAAGAAUCCUCUUCCACUCAUGUUGGAUGCAGCAGCCAUCUUAGAUGAAGAAUGGCGUAAUGUCCCGCGGCCAUUGGCCUGGUCCAUGCAAAAUGCCAUCGGAGUUCCUAUCGGUCUCUCAUCGGAAAGAGACAACCAGAUCUAA